CGCGCGCGCGGCCAUGGCGGCGCGGCGCGGGGCGCUGAUCGCGCUGGAGGGCGUGGAUCGCGCCGGGAAGAGCACCCAGGGCCGGCGGCUCGUGGAGGCCCUGCGGGAGGCCGGGCACCGCGCCGACCUCCUCCGCUUCCCGGACAGAACCACAGAGAUUGGGCAGCUGAUCAGCUCCUACCUGGGGAGGGAGAAGAACCUGGAGGACCACACCAUUCACCUGCUCUUCUCUGCCAACCGCUGGGAGCACGUACCGAUGAUGAAAGAGAAGCUACACCAAGGGAUCACUGUGGUGGUUGACAGAUACGCCUUCUCUGGAGUGGCCUUCACGAGUGCCAAAGGGAACUUCAGCCUGGAGUGGUGCAAACAGCCUGAUGUUGGACUCCCAAAGCCAGACCUGAUCCUGUUCCUCCAGUUAAACCCAGAAGCAGCAGCAGAACGAGGCAACUUUGGACAUGAACGUUAUGAGACCAGCUCCUUCCAAGAGAAAGUUCUUCAGUCCUUCUAUUGCCUAAUGGAGGACAAGACCCUAAACUGGAAGACAGUGGAUGCUUCAAAGAGCAUUGAAGACUUGCACAGAGAAAUCAAGUCCAUUGCAAAGGAAACUAUGCAGGAGGUUCAGAAUAAACCUUUGGGAGAACUCUGGAAAUGAAACUUCAUAGAGGUCAAAAAAAAAAAAAAAGGGAAAGGUCACUUCUUGGAUCUUCUGCACUUGGAUGACUGUGACAUCCCAGCAGCAACAGCUUAGAUGCUGUGUAUUCUUUUGGGUCCAACAUGCUGCUGAUGUCCUUUUUAUUAUCUACUCCUCCCUUCCAGCCUGCAAAGUCCCUUCUGCAUUUUUUAAAUGAGUAUACCAUGAGUGUGUAUCAAAUUCCUUGUCAAAACCUCCCUCUCCCAAGCUCCUGUUCCAGCUCCAGUCCUGGAGUGCAGAUGUGAGUGUGGAGCCCAGGGCCAUCCCUGGACACAGACAGUUCCCAUUUUUAGGGAACUGGCACGUUUCUGAUCAUUCUUCCUCUCUAGAAAAUGCAUCCCCCCAUACUCAAACCAGUUUGUAGAGGAUUUGCUAAUAAAUUGUUCUUUUAAGCAUUUGG